AAGUGGAGAGCUACGUAGCUCCUCUGAAUCCAUCCUUAAAUGCACUCUUCUUCUCUGUUUGCUCUUCUAUAAAUGCAUUCCACUGAGCUCAUGACCCUAAUUCAAUCACUUUCACUCUCUCUUGCGUGUUUCCAUCGAUCGACCAAUCCAUUUGGGUACACACAAACCAAUCUCUACAUCAAUGGCGGAUUCUAAAUUCGGAGUUUUCUUCAAUGUUUUCAACAGAGUAUCCAUGGCUGUUCUCGCUUGCAUCGUCUCUCUUGGAGGAGCAACAGUGGGAAUCAUAACCGGAGCAAUCAAAGGUCCGACCACAGAAACGGGUCUGGUCCGUGGAGCCACCGUGGGUGCAAUCACCGGUGCCAUUACAGCCUUGCAGCUCAUGGAUAUGAUGGCUAAUGGCGAACCAUUCUCAAAGGUAUCACUGUUAUGUAGUCUUGUAAAUGGACAAGUAUUUACUGAAUGGGUCACACCUGCUGUGCUCAAAGCUUACCAGUGGCAAAUUAGUGGAGUUGAAACGAGUUUUGUGGAGAUUUUUGAUGGGUUUGAGAGCAAUGGGUCAAAAGGGUUAUCUGAAGAUUCGAUAGAGAAAUUACCCAGAUGCAUGUUCAAGAUUUCUUGCAAGAAGAUUAGAAGAAACGGAAGCCAUGAAAGCAGUUGUGUAAUUUGUUUACAGAGCUUCAAGAACAGAGAAGAGGGAAGAGAGUUGCCAGGUUGUAGACAUACAUUUCAUUUAAAAUGCAUUGACGAGUGGCUAAUUAGGAGUGGUUCAUGUCCGAUUUGCAGAAGGAAUGUUUAGGGAUCAAUUGUGUCAAAUUUAAAACCUAAAGGGGUUGGUUUGUCAUGUUUUGGAAGUGUAAAUGAAAUAUGUUUUCUUUAGAA